AUGGCCAACUCAUACUCGAUACAUUGGUGGAAGUCCGAGUCAUACCCUGCCUUACUCCACGCAAUCCCCACCAAGGUUCAGGAUAAAGUCAACGUCGAGGACAACUUCAUAAAUGCAGCCGCCUUUCGCUUGUAUUCCUGCGGUCGUAAAUUGGCUGAUUGUAGUUGUGCAGUUCUCUGUGAUACACAACUAGCAUAUGUCCAGCCGGGCCCAGCGGCGCUCUUCGUGGUUUUCUACACAACACCACACAAUGUCUUCGAAAUGAAGUCACUUCGGGAUAAACAUCCUAUCAUCGGCGCUCUAAUGAUCUAUGACCUCUUGCCUAUGAUGGGCGGUAUCUCGAUAGACACUAGCCCGCGAAUAAGUGGCUCACUGGACUCAUUCAGAGAGGCGUGUGACGUGAAACUGGUUGUCACCCAUAACACGCUUUCCCCCUUUCGAAUCAUUAAAGCAAGUACAAGUCUAUUGGUGCUCAUUUCAAAAAUUAACAAGCCUACGGAGAUGUCUGCAAAGUCACUGUCAGGAUGGACACAAACCGGUCGCGAGAGGCCCCUCACGAGUGUUUGCAAAUGCGUCGAUAUCGAUAGCUUGAAUCAAAAGAUCCCGCUUCACCAUCCCGAAGUAAAAGGAAUGAAGACCGCGAGCGAGCCGAUGUAUCCAGGCGUAGGGUCUACCAUGCUUCAGAGGCGCGCGAUAUGGUUCAUCAUCCAUGAUGACCAUCAGGACUUCUGGACAGACGCCAAUCUCAUAGUUGAUUUUCCAAAGAACUGAAUCUGCGCUGGGAGAAAAUGACCAAAACUUCUUGUGUAUCACUCAUCCC